AUGACCCUUUGCCCCAUGUAUCAGCCUCACGGAUACGGCUACUGGCGUUUCCCGAUGAACCCCCUACAUCACUUCAAUGUUGUGGAUGUCCUUCUUGGCGAAGGCCAGCAAGUUCUCAGAAACUCAAUGCUGCAUCAAAACCCGGCAAAGUUUGGGAACAGCGAAAAAAAAAAGUCCAUGAGGAGACAGAUCCAAGCAGUACAACGUAAGCUACGAAACUAUAAUGACGCUGCAACAAGAUACCGCAUCGAACGAAAGGCAAUCCUUCUAAAAGCCUUUCAUGCUGGUAUGAAUACGUACCGCGGCUGUAUGUCCCAGGCUCGUUGCUAUAUUCAAGACUCGGCUUUUGACUUCCAAGCUAGAAAUCUUCCAGGAUUUUUUUUCGUAAUACUGGCGGUCGUACCGGACCACCACCCUGAAAGUCAACGAGAGCUGCUGGACACGAUUGGCAAGCGUCUUACAAAAGAAGAUCAAGCUUUGCAAAAAGCCACGAUUUCUGGAGCUAAACUAACCGACGCGCUCAAUCACAUGAAAGCCGACUCUGCGCCCGGAAUGCUUUUAACAUUCAGUUGUCCCGCGGUGAACUCCUCUCUUCCUAGCGCAAGUCAGCUGCGUGCAUAUUACACAAGAAAGGCUCCAGAGAUGACGCUAGUAUUUUUCGACCAAUCGCACUUAUUGCUGUCGAUGUAA